AUGCCAGGUUAUUCGCUGGGAGCCAGUGCAACCCCAACACUCCUAACUUGGUGCUUUCUCUUUCAGGAUGCGCACAACUGUAUUCCUGAGCUGGACAGUGAGACGGCCAUGUUCUCCGUCUACGAUGGACACGGAGGGGAAGAGGUUGCCCUAUAUUGUGCCAAGUAUCUCCCGGAGAUAAUCAAGGACCAGAAGGCGUACAAGGAAGGCAAACUACAGAAGGCCCUGGAGGACGCCUUCCUGGCCAUCGAUGCCAAGCUGACCACAGAGGAGGUGAUUAAGGAGCUCGCUCAGAUCGCUGGGCGGCCCCAGGAUGACGACGAGGAGAAAGAGAAAGUGGCUGAUGAAGAUGAUGUGGACAAUGAGGAAGCGGCUCUUCUGCACGAAGAAGCCACAAUGACCAUAGAGGAGCUGCUGACCCGCUAUGGACAGAACUGCAUCAAGAACCUCAGGAACAAGCCACUCCCUCCGGCCGGGGAGAUGGGCCAGGAGCAUGGUGGGGAGGCGAGCGUGAAUGGAGAGACCAGCCCGGGAGAGCUGGCCGAGCACAGGGAGAGGAAGAAUGGGAAGCCAGACGACGAGGCCACGGGCAUUUCCUCCACCUCGGACGGAGCCGACGCUGGGGGCAACAGCUGUGCUGCAAAGCAGGCCGAAGUGGGCAGGGGCGAAGAGACGGUCACCUCCUCCACAGGGGAGGCGGGGCCCUCCUGCUCCUCCACUGGAAAGCCCCAGGGCACGGCCAAGUCCAAAUUUUUUGAAGACAGUGAGGACGAGUCAGAUGAGGCCGAAGAGGAGGAGGACAGUGAGGAGUGCAGUGAGGAUGAGGAUGGCUACAGCAGUGAGGAGGCAGAGAAUGAAGAGGAUGAAGAUGACACAGAAGAGGCUGAGGAGGAUGAGGACGAAGAGGAAGAGAUGAUGUUACCAGGCAUGGAGGGGAAAGAGGAGCCUGGCUCUGACAGUGGGACGACUGCCGUGGUAGCCCUUAUCCGGGGAAAACAGCUGAUUGUAGCCAAUGCUGGAGACUCUCGCUGCGUGGUGUCGGAGGGUGGCAAAGCUGUGGACAUGUCCUAUGACCACAAGCCGGAGGAUGAGCUGGAGUUGGCGAGGAUAAAGAACGCCGGCGGCAAGGUCACCAUGGAUGGGAGAGUGAACGGGGGUCUCAACCUCUCCAGGGCAAUUGGCGACCACUUCUACAAACGGAACAAGAACCUGCCCCCGGAAGAGCAGAUGAUCUCAGCCUUACCCGACAUCAAGGUGCUGACGAUAAACGAGGAACACGACUUCAUGGUUAUCGCAUGCGACGGAAUCUGGAAUGUGAUGAGCAGCCAGGAAGUGGUGGAUUUCAUCCAGGCCAAGAUCAGCCAGAAGGAUGAGAACGGAGACCUGAGGCCUCUCUCCUCCAUAGUAGAAGAGGUAAGCAGCCUGACUCCAGCUGCCCUUCGCUGGAUGGGCUUCCUCAGCUCGCUGGGCAGUGACUCCCUGGAGGGAGAGUUACUGGGGCAGGAAUCUGGGGCCCGCUCAUUGCUGGGUGGUGACGAAAUCCAUACGGACCCAACAACUUCAUCUGCCCUCCUAGUUUCAGAGGGGUAG